CUGGACCCGGCGAGAUGCCGGCCAAUGGCGAGGCUGCUGAGGCCCCGCCACCUGUCCGCGGCGAGGGCGGGCGGCGGCGGGGAGGCGUCGCACUCCAUGGUAACGACGCCGGCCCGAAGAUGGCGGCCGCUGGCGUUGGAGCGGCGGGCGGCCCGGGAGCAGGGCCGCGGGGCCGCUGGGGCGGCUGCCUGUGGGUGCGAGGCGUCCUGCUCGUGCUGGGCGGGCUCCCGGCCGGCGCCGCGGCUGCUCCGAUAUCCCUGAGCACUUCGCCUCCGUGUCGGCAUCACGUCCCUUCUGACACCGAGGUCAUCACUAAGGUUCAUCUCAAGACAAAUCAUGUCGUAAAGAGAGAUGCUGAUGGGCAUUUACGAAUCAAGACUAUCUACGAUCAAAGUAUUGAAGAGCUGCUCCCUGAGAAAAGAUAUCUUGUAAAGAACAAACUUUUCCCACAAGCUAUUUCUUACUUAGAGAGAACAUUUCAGGUUCGUCGGCCUGCCGGCAGGAUCUUACUCAGCAGACAAUGCGCAACAAACCAGUACCUACGGAAAGAAAACGAUCCACACAGAUACUGUACUGGGGAGUGUGCAGUGCAUACCAAGUGUGGCCCAGUUAUAGUGCCCGAGGAACAUCUCCAGCAAUGCAGGGUCUGCCGAGAGGGUAAGUGGCCCUGCGGAGCAGUGGGUGCGCUAGACCAAGAGGGUGUUCAGGAUGCAGACUUCAUUCUCUAUGUUGGUGCUCUGGCCACUGAGAGAUGCAGCCAUGAAAACAUCAUCUCUUAUGCAGCCUAUUGUCAGCAGGAGGCACAAAUGGACAGGCCGAUAGCAGGAUAUGCUAACCUGUGUCCAAAUAUGAUCUCCACCCAACCACAAGAGUUUAUUGGGAUGCUGUCCACAGUGAAACAUGAGAUCAUUCAUGCCCUGGGUUUCUCUGCUGGACUUUUUGCAUUCUACCAUGAUCAAGAUGGAACUCCCCUGACAUCACGGUCUGCAGAUGGCCUCCCACCUUUCAACUAUAGUCUUGGAUUGUAUCAGUGGAGUGAUAAAGUAGUUCGAAAAGUGGAGAGAUUGUGGAAUGUGCGAAAUAAUAAGAUAGUUCGCCACACUGUGUAUCUCCUAGUAACUCCUCGUGUUGUUGAAGAAGCGAGGAGGCAUUUCAACUGUCCAGUUCUAGAGGGGAUGGAGCUUGAAAAUCAAGGCGGGAUGGGCACUGAGCUCAACCACUGGGAGAAGCGGUUGCUGGAGAAUGAAGCAAUGACUGGUUCUCACACCCAGAACCGAGUCCUCUCUCGAAUCACUCUGGCAUUAAUGGAGGACACUGGCUGGUACAAAGCAAAUUACAGCAUGGCAGAGAAACUCGACUGGGGCCGAGGAAUGGGCUGUGAAUUUGUCAGGAAGAGCUGUAAAUUCUGGAUUGAUCAGCAGAGGCAAAAGAGGCAGGUGCCGAGCCCAUUCUGUGACACGCUCAGGAGUAACCCACUGCAGUUGACUUGCAGACAGGACCAGAGAGCCGUUGCUGUGUGUAACCUGCAGAGGUUUCCUAACCCUUUACCACCAGAGUACCAGUACUUUGACGAGCUCAGUGGAGUAUCUGCAGAGGAUUUACCUUACUAUGGUGGGUCAGUAGAAAUUGCCGACUACUGCCCUUUCAGUCAGGAAUUCAGCUGGCAUUUAAGUGGCGAAUACCAGCGAAGCUCCGACUGUAGAAUACUGGAAAAUCAACCAGAAAUGUUUAAAAACUACGGUGCAGAGAAGUAUGGCCCCCACUCGGUCUGUCUGCUUCAGAAAUCGGCCUUUGUCAUGGAACAGUGCGAGAGGAAGCUCAGUUACCCAGACUGGGGGAGUGGAUGCUACCAGGUUUCCUGUUCUCCUCAAGGUCUGAAGGUUUGGGUUCAAGAUACUUCAUAUCUGUGCAGCCGGGCUGGGCAGGUCCUGCCUGUCCGCAUUCAGAUGAACGGCUGGAUUCACAAUGGAAACCUGCUGUGCCCUUCCUGCUGGGACUUCUGUGAGCAGUGUCCACCGGAAACUGACCCUCCAGCUGCUAACCUGACUCGAGCCCUUCCUCUGGACCUCUGCUCCUGCUCUUCUAGCCUGGUGGUCACGCUUUGGCUCCUCCUAGGCAAUCUGUUUCCUCUGCUGGCUGGAUUUCUUCUGUGUGUGUGGCACUAGGAAUGGAAAAGUGACUUCUCAAGACGACAGUUUUGGCAUGUUCCCAUGAACAAAGCACAAAACCUGGUGGAGUGCCCGCCCAUGCAACGAUGCAGAUUACAGAGAUGGCGUUCCUGACUCUGGCUUGGAAGUGCUGGCGGUAACAGGAUUGUGAAGCAUAGCUCCACAGCAGUCACUCCCCAUCAGCCACACAGCCACCUCGGAGUUUGGAGAGGCAUUGCAAGUGCCGAGGCUCCCUAGUUUAUGGAUAUGCCAUCUUCUGGCAGUGAGCUCUCCCUUAAGUGCAGGGCAGAUGUAGGGAUUGCCUUGGUCACACACCUCAGUGUUUAUGUAACUGAAGCAGCUCCUGUGCACUGAGGUCACUCACAGAGCGGCUACUGCCCACUCCAGAGUUUAGGUUGAGGAGGCCAUCCUCCAAGUCCAAAAAUGGUCAUUGGGAUUUCAGAUUUCCUGUCACCAUUGCACGUGUUUUAAAUGAACAACUGGACAUGAUACACUCAAGUCAUCAUACUGCUUUUCAGUUCUGCUUUGCUGUAGCUUAUGACUUGACCAUGUUCUUGCCAGCUGUGUGGCCCAUUCACGACUGAGCUGUCACCAUUGUGUUCUCAGCUCUGAGCCGUCCUCAUCCGAUUCAGUGUCCACUUGCAUUUCUCAUUAAUUUCAUGGCAACUUGAAAACCCGUGGGAAGAGUGUGAAGUACAGCACACAGUAAGAGCGUUGGAAUCGUGUGGACAGAAGACAGCAAGGCUGUGUGUGCUUCAGGUAAUAUUUAGAACAACUGUAACCCAUCAAAACCCAACUGAUCCUUUCUGGCCUAUGUAAAUUCUAGGAGUUCAGACAUGGACAGGCUGCAGUCACUUCCAAGUGGACAGAGCUGUUACAGAAGAACUGCUAAUAUCUGGACGUUAUUUCAUGAACAGGAAGAAAAACUCAAGUCAAAACAAGGUGAUCUGAAUUGCUUCCUAAGAGCCAAGUGUAGGUUUGGCAUCCAGGCUGCCCACAGGGGCCCGCCCACCUGUGUCCUUUACCGAGCUGGAAGAUUACCUUUGCUUUAAAUGUCCACAUGGACUCUGCGAAGCAGUCUGCUCUGCCGGAGCUUACCAACCUCUACUAACUCAAUUUUGAAAUUCUCUAGAGAGGAGUGAUAUCCUAUUUUUUUCCCUAAAGAUGAUCAAUUCUGUAGCCUUUAGGACCAGUGAGGUAGCUCAGAGAGUAAAGGCGCUUACCAUCAAGCCUAAUGUCCUGAGUCUGAAGCCUGGAGACCACAUGGGAGUAGAAAGGGACUGAUUGUUGAAAGUUCCUCUGACCCCCACACAUGCACACGCUUGUGUAGGCAAGUAAAUGAAAAACAGUUUCUAAAAUGAGACGUGACAUUUGGACACACUCCUCUAUCCCCCCCCCUCGUCCCACUCUACACAUAGUUAUUGGGUGCUCUAUUUAAGAAUUUGUGCAGUGAAAGUUGAACAUGGUGGCCUGUAAUCCCAGUACUUGGGAAUUAGAGACAGGAGGGAGGAUCCCGAGUUCAAGUUCAUCCUCAGCUACAUAGGGAAUUUGAAUUUGAAGCUAGUAUUGGCUGCAUGAAACCCUUGUCUUGAGAAUAGAGAAAAGAAAGAAAUUAUGUAAGUGAGCAAACACCAUGGCACUAAGUAGUAACUCCAGUAACUAUGGCACUGUAGAGAGAUAGCAGGCUCAGAAUAUAGGAAAACUCACCCCCCAUUUUUUUUUCAAAGGCAGAAAUUUAAAAUGUAUACUUGCAUGCAGUAUAAGUUGGAGAUAUUCAUCCUUGUGAAAAGCUAAGGGACCCAAACUCGGUCAGCUUCAGCUAAAGAGGAGUCAAGGCAGCACUCUGUAUUUUUCCAGUAUUCUGCAUUCCUUAAAUUGUACAAAGUCAGAAAAGUGAGUAUGUUUUUAAAGAAAUAUACAAUAUGCUGGGCAUGGUGGCACAAUCUUUCAAUCCCAGCACUAGGGAGGCAAAGGCUAGUGGAUAUCUGAGUGUAAGUCUAGCCUGGUCUACAAAGUAAGUUUUCCAGACCAGCUAGGGCUGCAUAGAGAGAUGAACCUGUCUAAAUGGGGGGGGGGGAUAUACAUUAAACUUUCAUACCUAUGAUGAUUGUGAAUCAUCCUACAAAAUGUAUAAAGAAUUUCACCAAAAAUAACAGUGGAGUAUAUUGAGAGUCAGUGAUAGGUUUGAUUACAUUUUGACUGUUGUGCAGUAAUGCCAUUUAGGUAGUAUUGUUUACAAGCAUGGUGCUUUUUAUACUUGAAAUAUAUUUUUGCUUUAUUUUUUAAUUAAUAUAAUUAUAUUUGCACUAAUGACUUUCUGGAGAAAAUGUUACAGAUGACAUUUUUUGUAUAUAUAUUUAUUAAGCUUGGAAUGUGAUGUCCCAGAGUUUUCUCUGCACAAACAUGAAACUUAACGCAGCCCAUGUCAAGAAGCACUGAACUCCCAAGGGUUCUUAGCUUCGCUGCUUUGUCCCUUCCUCUUCAGUGAGGCUGGAGCCAAGGUCACUCAUCACUGAUCCCACAUGGUAUGCUUAGCAAGAUUUAGAUGGUCCCUCAGCCUGUAAGACAGUUUAAGAGGCUCAUUGUCACUUUGAAUAAUAACUAAGAAAAGGAGUCUACAGUCUGAGAUUCCAAUGCAGAAUUAUCAAUAGAAUUCAGCUGUGAACUAGCCUCCUGCUAGUGUUCUGUGGCAGAUUAGCCUUUUCACAUCACAAGGACAAAACUAGUGGCCCAUGGAGGGAACCAAGCAGGGUGCUCCAUGGUGGAAGUGAGGUAGGGCAGGAAGGAGAGGGGGGACAGCUGAUCAGGGGGCUGUAAACUGGAGUCCCUUCCUGAACCCGAAAGGUCAAGUGUUUAUAAAAACUGACUACCUCAGUGUUCAGUUCAGGCAGGUCAUUGUAAGUGUUUUAAGGUCCUAGGUGUCAAACUUACCAAGUGAAUCGUCUCAGGUUUUCUCAGAAUUUACAGGAAGGAAGCAAAGCCAUGUGAGGAGGCUUGAGCAUGGCAGGGAAGGAGCUGGGCAGAGUUUGUUAGUCUGUAUGUCAACUCCUCUAAUAUAUUCUGCCGAACACCCUUCCAGUAAUCCUAACAUUUUUCCUAUAGGAUUCUUAUAUUUCUAAGACCAAAUGGGCAUCCUAAAAGUGCUAUAAAUUGUGCUUAGCAUUAGUUUUCUGCCUAGGUCGGCCUAGAGUUUAUAGAGAUUUGAAGAUAUAACAUAAUUGUAUGGGUUGUAAAUAGUUUUAGGAAGAUACAUAAGUAAUUACAUCAGAGUAUUCCAUGAAAUGGUAACGUUUCUUCAAUAUUAGACUUACAGACAGAACCCUGCAUGGUGGUCAUGCUUAUCAUCCCAGCAUGGGGGAGAUAGAGGUAAGAGGAUUAUGAUUUUAAGACCAGUCUGGGCUAUAAAGAGAGACACAGUCUCACUUCUGCUGUCCCCCGAAAAAAGAAAAUUUCCCGAUUGCGGCCAUACAUAAAGCAGUUGGAUGGUUGGUCCUGAUCUUUACUCUCUAAAGCCUCAUAACUUACACUUGACGAGGACUAGGUCACUGCUGGCCCUGCUCAGCCUCCUGGAGUCUCCAGCCUAGAUGCUGUGUUCCAUGCCUUGCCCAGCUGUGGACUUAGGGCCAGAUGAACAGAAAAGAGCCAGGCUCUGAAGACAGCUGAGUGGCCCCAGCAAAGGGAGAUGGAUGUUGCUCAUAGCCUCACAGCCAGCUUUGAGGUGGGCACUAGGUCUCCCUGCCAUGACCUUUGUGACCUUUGCCCCCACCCAGGAGGUCUGAGCUGCUCAUUCUGAAGUAAGGCCUGAACUGGAGAAAAGACAGUUUUCCUUUUUUACAUUAGGUUGGAACUGGGGAGGGAAUCCUUUUAUGUUUACAUUUGUAAUAAGUAAAAUAGACUUUAAAAUUAGUCUUCAUUUGUGGUGGUGAAUUUUAAGUAUAAUAUAUUCCUUAGAAAAACAUACUUAAUAAAAAUGGAAACUAACUUGAAGCUUA